UCCAUUGUUUUAGCCAACUUUUCAUCAAUUGAUAACAGGUCGAUCAUUUAUCAGGCAAUGCAGUAAUGAAGAUCCGCAAUUAUAUCUUGCUACUCGUUUGCUGCCUACCUUUCGUCCUUUCAAGCAAACAUGACAUAAACAAAAUCUGCAACGGAUUCGAACUUAUCACACCAGAAGGUGGUCAGCCUUCUAUGGACGUCCCGCCAACAACGACAUAUACGAUUGGAGAAAACCUCACCGUCCAAUGGAAGCUUGGAAAUUCGUUGGUAACCAAGUUUGUUGCGAUUGAGCUGUUCUCUUUCACCGGUUUGAUCGAGUACAUGUGGAUUGGAAAGAUACCAGCAGAAGAAGGAUCUAAGAACAUCACUUUGAACGUACGUCCCACGGUAGCAAUUCCUGGGAUAUACUUUUUGAGAGUAUGGGGUGAAUCUUCAAACGGCCCAGCAUGUAUAACCUAUAGCAAAACGUUUAGGCUUGUUCCAUAUCAUGUUCAUGAUCAAAUUUUCAUGAAUUUACCAUUGCAAUAAACAUAAUUGCAAGCUGAUGAUAGUGGACUGACCAGUAUAUCGCAUUGAGUAAAAUUCAAACAUCAUAAAAAUUUGCCCGCCACUCCUAGUUUAUUAAGGAAGAGCUUCAAUAUUAUCACCAUUACAGUCAUGCUCCAGCAACGAACAUACUGAUGAAAGUAAAAAUCGUUGACCGUUUUA